GUUCUUGAGCGCACCAGCAAGACUAAUCACACCCUGAUUCCAUGUCACGGCCAGCUUGCAGGAAUGCAAUCAUCACCACCAAGAGGACCAUCGCUGCCAUCGUGGACGGCUACCCGCGGCCGCGGAGCUAAACGAUCUGCAACUCAGCAGAUACUUGGCUCAAACCAUGGGAGGGCACCUGCUAUGAAUACAACCCAGGGUAACAGUGCGUCCACCUCCCCAACAGCUGCCUUUGCGUUUCCAACAGCUUCACAGGGAUCCCCUACUGCAAACGAGCGUGGCCUUGAUGUUGAAGGGACUUGCAUGGGGGAGCCAAACAAUGCUGCAACAACUCAUGAGGAAAGCCAGCAGGAGGAACAUCUUGAAGGGGAAGGAGAAGAUUUGCCGGCUGCGCCUACGGGUGGUAACCAACAAGGCGACAGGGGCACUUCAUUUGCUGCUCGUGUCAUGGAACAUGUGGAAGGCGGGAAUUAUGAUGCUGAAGCUGAUGAGUUCGCUGAAGGUUGGACUGCAAAGUCUUUGAACGACGACGUUCGUUUGCAGAUGGAGCAGGAGAGGGAGAAUGCAAAAACUGCUCGGGAGGCUUGUGCCAGUAAGGAAGCUGAUUUGAAGGAAGCUCUGGCCAUGGCAAUGACUCUCACAGUGCAUGUCGUUGACGAGCAGGUUCGCCACGUCAACGUUGAGAGGCUAGUCAAAGACUCGGUUCUGAUUUCACUCUCCCUGCUUUGCAUUCCCUGCAGCCUCAUCUCUCCCUCUCCAUGCCUUGAAUGGCUUGCAGGUUCUGAUUUCACUCUCCCUGCUUUGCAUUCCCUGCAGCCUCAUCUCUCCCUCUCCUUCCUUGAAUGGCUUGCAGGUUCUGGUUUCACUCUCCCUGCUUUGCAUUCCCUGCAGCCUCAUCUCUCCCUCUCCUUCCUUGAAUGGCUUGCAGGUUCUGAUUUCACUCUCCCUGCUUUGCAUUCCCUGCAGCCUCAUCUCUCCCUCUCCUUCCUUGAAUGGCUUGCAGGUUCUGGUUUCACUCUCCCUGCUUUGCAUUCCCUGCAGCCUCAUCUCUCCCUCUCCUUCCUUGAAUGGCUUGCAGGUUCUGAUUUCACUCUCCCUGCUUUGCAUUCCCUGCAGCCUCAUCUCUCCCUCUCCUUCCUUGAAUGGCUUGCAGGUUCUGAUUUCACUCUCCCUGCUUUGCAUUCCCUGCAGCCUCAUCUCUCCCUCUCCAUGCCUUGA